GCUUUCACAAGUCGAAACCAAAACGGAAAAAAGUCGAAAACGAAUUGGCAAGUCAAUUUGCCCAAUUCGUAAUAUGAAUCGAUUCACAUUGGGGCCCGACGGUUUUUGACAGACGGUAGGAAGUCAAUUCCGAGGCAUUGAAUCGAUAUAAGUGUGUGGAUACGGAAUAAUCAACGGACUCAGACUGGGUCGGUGGUCAGUGAUCAUCAUUUUGUGAUGUCAUUGUGUGGCCAGUGACGUCACCAUGCAGCCAGAGACGGUGUACAACCCGACCACCAUAGCUGGUGGCUCGGAACGGGGUGGUUACCUGGACAGCAUCAGUCAGGACAGGCAUGGGCGGCGACGAUGCUGUACAAUGAGUAUCGCGGUAGCAGCUACCAUCUGCACUCUGAUCGGGCUGGCCCUGACGCUCUACGGCAGCGUGUUCCACUACCACUACACCGGCGUCGGCGCCCCGCCCGCCGGUUCAGACUCGGAGCGCCGUCUCCGCCAUCAGUCUGAGGUCCGCCUCUACAGGGCCCUCCUGGCGGCCGGCGUGCCUCUCCUGGUGGCGGCCGCUGCACUGUGGACGGCCUACCUGUACCGCCGGGGACGGUGUCGGGACUGCUGGCUCUGUCCCGGCGCCAGGAAACGGCGCAGGAUGCGGAACAACUUCCGCACGCAGUGUCUGGAGGCGGGAAACCUCACCACCUGCUACCCCAGCCGCCCCUCCCAGCCGCUGUCGCAAGAGGAGGACCGGCUGGUGUCUCAGAGUCUGGACGAAGUUGCUGGACUGGAUGAUACAGACGCCAUGCUGGACAGCGGCCCACGGCCCAUAAUACGGCCCGCUCAGCGUGCCACCUAGGGACAGCGGCGGUAACAACGACAUCGGUACCACCAUAUCACCCCCUCUACCCAGCCGCACCGCAGACACCGCUCCGCUCGCCAGUACAGAGGACCUCACCGCCCUCUCCGCCGAGACACUCUACCUAACCACCGGCGGCGGCUCUCUAAACCCAGCCGCCUGGUCCGGCCUGCCCAGCUCCCUGACACUCAACUCUGGAGACUCGCGACUACCGAGCGACUUGAGUCUAACGGGCGAUGGUUGGACGGGAAGAAGUAAGCCACCGCGGGCUGUCUCGGCGCGGUGUUUACGGAGGAUGUCGGCGAGAAGUGGAGGUGCGAACACUGAUAGGGCGAUGAGAGGAGUUAGUGCGCCCGUGGAGGCAGCUGUGGAGACAUGGACUGAUUCCGUCCAACAAGCUGUAGAUGAGAAGUAGGGGUGAAGAUUUUGGUAUAUGUAGUCUACCACCGAAUAUUCGUUUGUUGUGUGUCGUGUGUGUGGGGGGACGAAUGAUGAUAUUUGACGUGCCUGGGACGAAAUAUUGACAAGCUGCGUCAAUCUGCGAAGCGGUAGUGUGAUGGAAAAAGGGUAAACGUUGUAGCCUUUUGCUUUUCGAGUGGGAGUCACGAACUUAUGUGUCUUUAUAGAAUGCCUGUCGUGGCCAGUUAGGUGUGUGCUUUAACGUUUGUAGUUUGUGGGAAACCGUAUGUGGCCUUGUGAUCUAACAUGGGUAUAUAAUGUCCGAAGAAUCUCAGUUUGAAUCUUAUGUGAGCUUGUCGUCCACAUGAAAUCCAGCGAGCAUCGUGCCUAGUUUUAUAAACUAAAUGUACCGCGAGUUGGAUCAGUCGUGCCCCGAAGUUUGCGUAGGAUAUUGUUAUUAGGGUACUGUUAUAAGUAUCAAGGGCAAGAGCCGUGUGUGUCUCGGCUUAUGCUAUCCUGUCCCUCCCUUAUCUAUUGUCUUGUCGAUCUGGUACUGUCAUAUCCCGUCUUGCACCACCGUCAUAUCUCCCCCACUCUGUCCCAUCCUGUAGACUUUUGCUCUGCCUUUCUCUCCUAUAGAAGGGUUGUUUGUUGCUCGAACCUUGCCCCCCCCCCCCCCCACCCCUAUCACGUCUCAUGGCUUUCUGUCACGCAUUUGAUCACCCUGGCCUGAACAGCGGUAAAUACGCGAGUAAUUCUGCUGCCGUGCUAGCCUGAUGUAACUUUGGCUCAUUUGCUAACUAUGUGACAGCGUUGUAAAUAGGAUUCUUGUAGUAAUUCGAGUCCGCAGGAUGGGACGUUCUCUUCAGCGAGACUGAACAUUUAACGAAUGAUCUGCAUCGCUUGGCUAGUAGAUAUUUAUGUGAUCUUUUAUUUUCUUUUUGCUUAUAUCGUGGCUUUAUUUAGUUCUCUUUACGAACCAUAAUAGUGUACGCCUUAGGUACCUGGAUGUGUUGUGACUAAACCAUAUACGAUUGCGUUGUGUGGCAUAGGCUCGCGUGAACCAGUGCGUUGACGGUCAUAUGCUGUAACUAUGUAUCUUUUCUGACCACUAGUUUAGGUAGUCUUUCGGUUCAGCUGGUCAACUUUGUACUGAAACGAGGUACGACUUUUCUACCGAUGUUUCUCCUACUUGAAAACCUUUUGACUCUGGGGAAUCCAGUCUUGUGCCAGAGGCCCUGUACCGAUGCAUAAUUGUCAGCUAUACCUAUGGUUCUGUACACGGCACUUUUACGAACAACCCUGUACCUACUUCAGGGGACAGUGAGUUGGGCGUUUUGGAUUUUUCUGUAUGCUGGGAACGCUGAACAAAUACAGGUGGAU